AUGUCAAUAACAAAAGAAGUUGGUCUCGUUUUUGGCAAGCUACCAAGUUCCUCUACAAACGUUUUCUUGCAAUCAAUGGAGUUUGCAACACAGGCCGCCCAAAAUUGUGUACAUCGUUACUACGUUUGUCUUGAAAAUGGACGAGACAAGCUUCCAGAGUUUUAUCGACCUUCGAGUCUCAUCAGUUGGAAUGGUCGCCCCAUGCAAUCUACAGAUCUCUUAUCCAUGAUUGCAAGCUUUCCUCCUACAAAAGCUAAAGUGGAAGACUAUGACUGUCAAAGCAUCUUGGGGUCGGUUGCCAAUCUACUAGUAAUGGUUUCAGGCAGUAUCCGUUUUGCAGAUAAAAAAGCGCAUAUUUUUUCUGAAAUCAUUUUGUUCCCCUAUACCCUACCUACUGUACCGUACCUGGCCUUUACCACCCUUCUAAUAUCAACCAUCAUGCAUUUCUUGAAAUUGGUUCCUCGUAUGCUUUCUCAAAGAACUGCCUCGAAGUCUUUGGUUUAUUUUAUGCAACGACCUGCCAUCGUCCGUCCUGUUUGGAGAAGCUAUGCAACGACAAAGCCAGACGAUAAUAUGUUUGGCGAAAACUUGGGAUUGGACGAUAAGAUGCAAAAGAUAGAAGAAAAAAUGAGCUCUGUUGUCCUUAAUGACCCAGAGCUUGUCGAAAAAAUCGAUCGUCUCCGUGUAUUCUGUGAAAAGCAUGGUUUAAAACCGGGUGUGAAACCUUCACCUCUGGUGAUGCUUAAGUUGGCAAGAGAUCCUGAAUUCAUUGAAUUAUCACAGGCAAUUCGUGAAGUCUUCGAAAGGUCUGGUAUUCAAAAUGAUCCUGAGUAUGUUGCAAAGAUGGAAAGGAAUUCCUUUUCGAAACGAUAA